CACACACACACACAAUCUGACACCACCGAGACAUAGACUUCAUUCAACAUCUUUCCUCCUGUGCUUUUAGAAUAAAUUCGGGAAAUCUCAUCGACACGCUCGUUCAUCUUGCACUCUUCUCAUUCUAUUCCACAACCCCCUCUAGAGACUCUCUACCAUCAUGUCUGCCCCCGCAAAGGACCCUCUCUCCGGCCACCCCGGUCACCUUGACGAGCACCAGACCCAGACGCUCGCCGACUUCCGCAAGAUCCUCAGCGAGGAGGGCUUGAUCCCCGCCGACCUCGACGAGGCCAUCAAGAAGAUUGGCUACAACCGCUUCGACGAUGCUACCCUCCUCCGCUUCCUCCGCGCCCGCAAGUUUGACAUCCCCAAGGCCAAGCUCAUGUGGGAGAACAACGAGAAGUGGCGCAAGGACUUUGGCACCGACGAGAUCGCUCUGAACGGCUUCGACUACCCCGAGGCUGCCGCCGUCGACCAGUACUACCCCCAGUUCUACCACAAGACGGACAAGGAGGGACGACCUGUCUACAUUGAGCAGCUCGGCAAGAUCGACAUCAACGCCCUGUACAAGCUCACCACCCAGGAGCGCCAGCUCAAGCACCUCGUCGACGGCUACGAGCGCUUCCUGUCGCACUACCUCCCCGCGUCGUCCGAGGUUGUCGGCCACAAGGUCGAGACGUCGUGCACCAUCCUCGACCUCAACAACGCUGGUAUCUCGACCUUCUACAAGGUCAAGGACUACGUCUCGGCCGCGUCCACGAUCGGCCAGAACAACUACCCCGAGACCAUGGGUUUCAUGUUCAUCAUCAACGCGCCCUACCUCUUCUCCACAGUCUGGGGUCUUGUCAAGCCCUGGCUCGACGAGGCUACCCAGCGCAAGAUUCACAUUCUCGGCAAGGGCUACAAGACUGAGCUGCUCAACUACAUCGACGCGGCCAACCUCCCCAAGAACCUGGGUGGCACCUGCGAGUGCCCCGGCGGCUGCUCUCUCUCGGACGCCGGACCUUGGCACAACCAGGUCACGCUCAAGAACGGUGACGGCGCUGUUGCGCCGGCGGCUUAAAUGCGCGGCGGCGGCGGCGGUCACCCAAUAGUUUAGCUAGUGCAAGCGAGCUGCGUUUCGGUUAUUGUAGACAUACACCUUCAUGCGAGCGAGUGUAAUUGAGUGG